AUGCAAUACACAAAGAGUAAAACGGUGGUUAAUUUGAGAUCGAUCAGCAUAUCGAGCGAUAGCACUAUUGUCCUAAAAAAAUCAAGCACCUCACUGAAAAAGGAGUUGCACACAAAUGUUCAGGGAAAAUUGUUCAACGGUGAUGACCUGUCUGAGGAGGAAAAAAAAUUAAGCACGCCUAAAUUAAAGUCAUCCCUUAAAAAAAAAAAAUACUUUCUAGCUAGAAAUGCACUAGGUGUAAGAAGCGGAAGUGUUUCGAAUCGUGUUCUCCAGAAGGAUAUCCCCCAAAUGGAUGUGAUAGAAAAGGGUGAUGUGGGGGAGAAAGAAAAAGAUGAUGCAAGAGAGGAAGAUCAUGAUGAUGCAGGGGAGGAAGAUAUUAAUGAGAAUGACGAUGAUGAGAAUGAUAAUGAUGAGGAUGAUAAUGAUGAGGAUGAUAAUGAUGAGGAUGAUAAUGGUGAGGAUGAUAAUGAUGAGGAUGAUAAUGAUGAGGAUGAUAAUGAUGAGGAUGAUAAUGAUGAGGAUGAUAAUGAUGAGGAUGAUAAUGGUGAGGAUGAUAAUGAUGAGGAUGAUAAUAAUGAGGAUGAUAAUGAUGAGGAUGAUAAUGAUGAGGAUGAUAAUAAUGAGGAUGGAAAAAGAACAGAAACAGGGGAAAACAAUGAAAAUAAGAAAAAACAUGUGAAGCAGAAAAAAAUAGCAACUAAAAGAACAUCCGUGUUCCACAGGUUAGCCACAACACACACACUGAGUAGCAGCAACAGGUGUGUAAAUCCAAAGAUAAAAAAACAGUUCACAGAAAAUAUUCAUUCGACCAUGAAGGGAGGAGGCCCAAAGAAAACGUUCAGCAUGAGCGAAGAUAAAAAAGAGAAAUAUUCCUCAUUCGCACCGUACAAUAAAGCCAGGAUGCAAAAUAUGGAAAAAAAGUUAAAUAUAAUUAGAGCCAAGACUCAAAUAUUAAAAAUAGCGGAAAAUUUUAUGAGCAUGGAUAAAAUUAAGUCCUUCAAAAUGGUGAAGAGGGGGAAUACACAAUCUUUAGCGAAAAACAGAAUGUUCCAUUCAAGCAAGACGAAAAACUUGGGACCAUUUUUACCCCAUAAAAUAGGGGAGGUCAAGGAGCCAAGAGAUGAUGCAUGUGCUUCGAGCUAUUUUCUGGGAAGAUCAGAAAGGAGUGGCAAUGUAAACAUCGAUAUGAAAGCCAAUACAAGCAACCAUGUGAAAGAUAAAGGACAGAAAACUUGGAAGCGGAAGAAUGAUGACAAUGAUACAAAUGAUAAACUUAGUAUCAAACGUAAUUUUCAUUUGAAUAAUCGUUCAACUUUAAAGAAAUAUCAAAAGAUGGUGCUACGAAAAAUAUGUAGCCAACACGGAUUCCCUUUAUUUGAAAAUUUGCUUGCUGUUAAUAAUUCCGGAGGGAUAUAUGCAUGGGGUGGUUACGCGUGGAAAAAAAUAAACAUCCUCUAUGAAUAUUUCAUAUCCUUGUGUACUAAUAAAAAGGGACAUAUCAUAUGUAUCAAUAAAAAUUUUAAACCUGGAUUUAUAAUGAAUAAUAAUUGUUUUCAGAAAAUAGACACAUAUAAAGAAGAUUUUUUUUUUAAAAUAGUUAUUAGUUCUAAAAACAAAAUUUGGGGUAUAAAUUUAAGAGGUGAUUUACAAAAAUGGGAAAAAUAUGAAUGGGUGCAGGAAAAAAGGGCUUAUGGAAUAUCUAAGCUAAGAUCAUUAGCUUUUGAUAGAAGUGAUAAUCUUUGGGUCCUUGAUCAGAGAAAUUAUUUCUUCAUCUUCUACACGAAACAUAAAAAUUGGAUGCUUCACAAUGUUAAUAAUAAAGGACGUGGAAAAAUAUAUGAUUUUGAUUUUAAUCCAAAUAAUUUUUUGGUAGCUGUCACCACUGAUGGAAUGAUUAAAAUUUACAAAAAUGGUAGAUGGAUAAAAUGUGGAAUAUUAGGACAAAUGAAAAUUGUGAGUUUACAUUUUUCGAGGAUGGUGGAAGGCAAAAAGGGACCAGGGGGGGAAGACGAACCAAAAGCUGGGUCAAGCGGGAUGUGCUAA